CACUUCUUUUAAAACCCGAACAACAUGGCAACUGCUGCGAGCCGAUAUUACAGCGAGGACGGCAGAGCAACCAAAAGACAGAAAACCGACGGAAUGUCCACUGGCUACGAAGACCCCCACAAGACCCUUCCAUCUGUUGUGGUACACGUCCGAGGACUGGUGGAUGGUGUUACGGAGGCAGACCUAACAGAGUCCCUGCAGGAGUUUGGAGCCAUUAGCUAUGUAGUGUUGAUGCCAAAGAAGCGGCAGGCGCUUGUGGAAUAUGAGGACAUGAACGGCUCCACCACGGCGGUGACCUACGCCGCUGACAACCAGGUGUACAUUGCAAGCCACCCGGCCUUCAUCAAUUACUCCACUAGCCAGAAAAUUUCUAGACCUGGUGACUCUGACGACUCGAGGAGUGUCAACAAUGUCCUUCUUCUAACAAUCAUGAACCCCAUCUACCCUAUCACCACGGAGGUUCUCUACACCAUCUGCAACAACUGCGGCCCUGUACACAGAAUUGUCAUCUUUAGGAAGAACGGCGUGCAGGCGAUGGUGGAAUUUGACUCUGUGCAAAGCGCCCAGCGAGCCAAAGCUUCUCUCAAUGGUGCCGACAUCUACUCUGGAUGCUGCACGCUGAAAAUUGAAUACGCCAAGCCCACCCGGUUGAAUGUGUUCAAGAAUGACCAGGACACUUGGGACUACACGAAUCCCAAUCUAGGUAGCCCAGAUGGCGACGCAGACGGCAUUGGGAGCAACACAGAUGACAUGAGUGGCAACUCCAACAAGCGUCAGCGUCAGCCGGCCUUGCUGGGCGACCACCCCCCAGAUUACGGUGGUAGUUACCACGGCUACGAGGAGAGCUACGGCUCUUCGCCCUACGAGAGCCGCCGCAUGGGACCCCCGAUGAGGGGCCGUGGUGGGAGAAACUAUGGGCCCAGCUAUGGCCCCCCACCACCUCCCCCGGGCGAGUACGGAGCCCACGCAGACUCACCGGUGGUCAUGGUGUACGGACUGGAACCGUCAAAGAUGAACGCUGACCGUGUCUUCAACAUCUUCUGUCUCUAUGGCAACGUGCAGCGGGUGAAAUUCAUGAAGAGCAAGCCGGGCGCCGCCAUGGUGGAGAUGGGCGACUGCUACGCCGUGGACCGUGCCAUCAAUCACCUCAACAACAACUUCCUGUUUGGGCAGAAGCUCAACGUUUGCGUGUCCAAGCAGCAGGCCAUCGUGCCCGGGCAGUGCUACGAGCUGGAGGACGGCUCUAGCAGCUUCAAGGAAUUCCAGGGCUCGAGAAACAACCGCUUCACGUCACUCGAACAGGCGGCCAAGAACCGCAUCCAGCACCCUAGCAACGUGUUGCACUUCUUUAACGCCCAGCCCGAUGUCACGCAAGAUAUAUUCGCCCAGAUCUGCGAGGACAUCGGCGUCAAGAGUCCCAUCAACGUCAAAAUGUUCACAGGCAAAAGUGGCGCUUCUGCCCCAAGCGAUCGCAGCGCUUCGGGCCUGCUAGAGUGGGAUUCCAUGAACGACGCCAUGGAGGCCCUGGCCUUGAUGAACCACUACCAGAUGAAAAACGCAACCGGUCCGUACCCAUACACCCUCAAGCUGUGCUUCUCUACCGUUCAACACACCAACUAAACGAUGCUUGGAGUCCACAUGGUUAUCCAAGAACUGUUGUGAGACUGUCCAAUGUGUUAUUGAAAUGUCACAGUGCUUUAUACUCAAAGUAGGCGAGUCAUUAGUCUGAGGUUCGACAAUGUGCUUGUUACACCUAAAACUGUUUUAUUUAAGUUGGUUGUGACAAUUUUGUUGCCUUUUUUUAAAAAAAGAACACACAUUUUAAUCGCUGCCUCUUGAGGUCUAUGUCAAGUCUAACAUGCAGAGUUGUAAGGAAUUCUGUGGCUUAAAAGUGGAAAGUCUUUUUUUUUUUUUUUUUUUGGUGUUACCAAGUACAAAAACAUUAGCAAUAGAAUACCAUUUAUUGUCAUUGUACAUCGUUCAGUUUUCUCCUGUUAAGUGCAUACAGUUCAUGUCAUUAAAAAGAAAUGAAAGUUGGAAUUAAAAUUUCAUUUUAUUUUUGCUCUAUUUACAUGUACAGAAUACUUAUAAUGUACUCGAUAGUCUGUUAAUCAGCAUUAACCACAUGAUCACAUU